AUGUCUCUACGUUUUCAUAUGACUAUUCGUAGACUCUUUGACAUACUACCAUUUAUAUUCCUCUUCCUUUUCCUACCUCUCACACUCUCCUCUGCCAAUCUUGGAGGCAACACAGCUUUCUUCAUAGUUUGUCUUGCCAACUUCAAGCUCUUAAUUUUCACUUUCCAUAAAGGCCCUUUAUCUUCUAACAAUAACAUUUCAAAUUCAAUAUCUCUCCGAGUUUCAUCGCGAUUACCGAGAUUGAUAUCAAGGUCGUUGAACAUUGGAUUUGUCAUGGUUACGGCUUCUUGGCUUUUCUUUCCACCUUCUCUAGCAUAA